GCGAUGGGCGCGCGCGCGCUCGAGGGCUACUUCUUCUCGGCCGCGCUGAGCUGCAGCUUCCUGGGCUCGUGCCUGCUCUUCUCGGCCGUGGGCCGCGCGCUGCGGGAGCCCUACAUGGACGAGGCCUUCCACCUGCCGCAGGCGCAGCGCUUCUGCGAGGGCCGCUUCUCCCCGGCGGAGUGGGACCCGAUGAUCACGACGCUGCCCGGCCUGUACCUGGUGUCGGUGGGCGUGGUGAAGCCCGUGGGCUGGGCCCUGGGCUGGCCCGACCACGCCGUCUGCUCCAUCGGGAUGCUGCGCUUCGUCAACCUGCUCUUCAGCGUCGGCAACUUCUACCUGCUGUACCUGCUGCUCCUCCGGCUGCACCCCGGGGCCAAGGCGUCCGGCGUGCAGCGGGUCCUGAGCACGGUGACCCUGGCCGCCUUCCCCGUGCUCUUCUUCUUCAACUUCCUCUACUACACCGAGGCGGGCUCCGUGUUCUUCACCCUCUUCUGCUACCUGAUGUGCCUCUACGGCCACCACAAGACGGCCGCCCUGCUGGGCUUCUGCGCCUUCCUGCUCCGCCAGACCAACAUCGUGUGGGCCGCCUUCUGCGCCGGCAGCCUCGUGGCCCAGCGGCUGGCCGAGGCCUGGGCCACGGAGCUGGCCAAGCGCAAGGAGGGCCGGCCGCCGCGCUCGGACCUGGGGCCGCUGCUCCGCUUCCUGGGGGCCUUCUGCGCGCGCCCGCGGAACCUGUGGGCGCUGCUGCGGCCGACCUGGCCCUACGCGCUGCUGGCGCUGCUCUUCGGCGCCUUCGUGGCGGCCAACGGCGGCAUCGUGGUGGGCGACCGCAGCAGCCACGAGGCCUGCCUGCACGUGCCGCAGCUCUUCUACUUCUGCGGCUUCACGCUCUGCUUCUCGGCCCCGCACCUGCUGGCCGCCGGCCGGCUCGGGGCCUUCCUGCGCCUGGCCUGGCGGCGCCGCGGGGCCUGCGCGCUGCUGGCCGCGCUCGGGCUCCUGGCCGUGUGGCGCUUCAGCUACGCGCACAAGUACCUGCUGGCCGACAACCGGCACUUCACCUUCUACGUGUGGCGGCGCCUGCUGCAGCGGCACGCGGCCGUGCCCUACCUGCUCGUGCCCGCCUACCUGUUCGCCGGCUGGGCCAUCGCCGACGCGCUCCGGGCCAGGUCCGUCUUCUGGCGGCUGGCCUUCUUCGCCUGCGUGGCGGCCGCCACCGUGCCGCAGAAGCUGCUCGAGUUCCGCUACUUCAUCCUGCCCUACGUCCUGUUCAGGCUGCACCUCCCGCCGCCGUCCAUCCCCCGGCUGGCCUGCGAGCUGGGCGGCUACGUGGCCGUCAACCUGCUGACCUUCCACCUCUUCCUGAACAGGACGUUCCGGUGGCCCAACAGUCAGGACGUGCAGAGGUUCAUGUGGUAGGGGCGGCUCGGCUCGGGCCCCGAGCGAGACCGCUUC